AUGGCAUCGCCAGACGGAGCCAGCGGCGUGGGCGGCAGCCCUGAGGAGACAGAGCUCAGCAUCACCCUGACCCUGCGCAUGCUCAUGCACGGCAAGGAGAUCGGCAGCAUCAUUGGCAAGAAAGGAGAGACUGUUAAGAGGAUACGAGAGCAGAGCAGCACGCGCAUCACCAUCUCGGAGGGGUCCUGCCCCGAGCGCAUCACCACCAUCACCGGCUCCACUGACGCCGUCUUCCGCGCCGUCUCCAUGAUCGCGUUCAAGCUGGAGGAGGACCUGGGAGCAGGGAGCGACGGGGCAGCAGCGGGCAGAGCGCCGGUGACGCUGCGCCUCGUCAUCCCAGCCAGCCAGUGCGGCUCGCUCAUCGGCAAGGCGGGAGCCAAGAUCCGGGAGAUUCGGGAGAGUUCGGGGGCACAGGUGCAGGUGGCUGGUGACCUGCUGCCCAACUCCACCGAACGGGCCGUCACUGUCUCGGGGGUGCCAGACACCAUCAUCCAGUGCGUCAGGCAGAUCUGCGCCGUCAUCCUGGAGUCGCCUCCAAAGGGGGCCACCAUCCCCUACCACCCUGGUCUCUCCCUGGGCACCUUCCUGCUCUCUGCCAACCAGGGCUUCUCCAUGCAGGGUCAGUACAGCGGGGUCUCUCCUGCGGAGAUGACAAAGCUGCAGCAGCUGUCAGGGCACACGCUCCCCUUUGCUCCUCUGGGCCACCCACCCUCCAUGAUGCCAGGCCUGGAUACCAGCUCCCAGAGCACCUCUCAGGAGUUCCUGGUGCCCAAUGAUCUCAUCGGCUGCAUCAUCGGCCGGCACGGCAGCAAGAUCAGCGAGAUCCGGCAGAUGUCGGGUGCCCACAUCAAGAUCGGGAACCAGACCGAGGGCUCCAGCGAGCGGCACGUCACCAUCACGGGGUCCCCCGUCAGCAUCACCCUGGCUCAGUACCUCAUCACAUCCUGCUUAGAGACGGCCAAAUCUACCUCCCAGGCACCACCAGGCCCUGGCUCCGUGGACCUCGGCAUGGGCUUCUCCCAGCCCCUCACCCCGGGCUCCGGCGCAGCGCUGCCCGCCAUCUCGGCGGCCAAUGGCACCAAGAAAGCCGAUCGGCAGAAGUUCUCACCCUACUGA